AUGGAGCUUUCUGCAUUGCCAGUUUCUUCCUCGCCCUUCGCAUCUGGAAAAUACUGCUUGGUUCCUUCGCGGUCAACAUCUCAACGCAACCUUGGAAAUAAACGAAGUAGUCCAUUAACAGCAUGCAAGCGGAGAGAAAUGACGAAAGGACCCAAGAUUAGACGCGCAUCUAUUCUCGAGUUGUGGGCUAUUCUCAUGUACGCUUUCAUUGUCGCACGAAUGGAUAACGAGACGGAAAGACUCUGGGCUACGAUUCUGCGUAUUGAAUACACUCCAAAGAUUGACAUGUGGAAUGGCUUGUUAGAGGGCUACCGCGAUACACACCAGGUUGAGCAAGUACUAUUAACGUGGGACGUUAUGAAAAAGGAACGGUUAUGA